UCCCAACCUUGACUCUUUCAUCAUCUUCCUUCGCCCCGACGAUACACCACUGGUCUCUCCACCCAACAAGUCGCCUGGGUGUGCGUCCCUCCUCAUCCUACCUUUCACCACUUUUGAUUGCUCCCUGUCAUUCCCGGAGUUAAUCGUCCUCCGUCGGAGUCUCUCAUUUCCCCUCUAAUACCACAAACAUCAUGUCGUCGUCCAUUGCGAUCCCGAUGACACCGUCGUCAGCCAACACAUAUCACCACCACCAGUCCGCCCAGGUUCGGGGUGCUACCAGCUCUUCCUCGUCGACGUACUCCAGCUCGCCUCGGACUUCGUCUCCUUCAUCCGUUCAGAAGCAAAAGACGGUCCACGAACGCCGUCCUAGCCUUCUCAGCUCUGCUUUAUCGAAGCAAGAAAGCACUGUGAUCAAUAUCGGCGAGCCUAACGGCACUCCCCGCCUGAUCACCUAUCUCUCCUCAAGCCAAGGCUUUGCGUGGAACCCAGAGAUCUUCCUGCCGUCUUAUGUGGACUGCGACUACGUCCCCCUCGAGAACCGACGGGAACCCGUACACGAGAUCGUCCUCAGCGACGAAGAGAUCAACAACAUGUUCCCCCAAUAACGGUGCCUUGCGACGGCGACCUUGACGCUACACACGAAUAUCCACGUCUUGCGUGCUUUAGACCGACGAUUCUCACGAGACAUCCUUUCAUUUCCAUAUUACGGCGUCCGGAUACGACCUGUACCCCUCCCCAAGUCCUCUUAACCCUUUCAUCAGACUGAUUUACGACCUACCACGGCGGAUGAGGCCAGGCCCGGACCGGUGACGUACGGGCAUGGGCACACACUGAGUGGAAGCACAGUACAUCCAGCAUUUUUCCUCUUUUAUCGGCACAACGGCCUCUUUCUAGUACCUGGGCUUGGGGGAUCAUCCGGGGGAGUUGCGACUUCAUGUGGGCGAGACAAGGUUUCGCCGCGCUUUAUUCCUUAUCUGUUUGUUGCCGUUAGUUGGACCGAGGCGUUCCUAGGUUUUGCCAGUACAUACCCUCUUCUCAACCUCGAUCGUGUACCAUGUCUUUUACUUUUGCUGCGGCUUUGGGAUCUUGAUUUUUCACCUUCCAUAGUCCCAUAGAGCCAUAAGACACUGUUCCAGGCCCAUUUUUCGUCAUCGGCGACUAAAGCAAUGAGUCCGGAUGCUUGCGCGGCUUCCGGGCCUAUCCGACGUGAUUCUAACUCCAGAAAAUAUAUGAGAGUUUGGAUGGCCAAGGUAGCACAAUUCGGCUGCCACACCAGGGUUACGGGUCAUGUCAGCAAUUGGACCGACCUCCUCAGCCCCUACAACUACAACAACAAUUACAACGACAACACCGUCAGACAUCAACCAACCACAAGAACAAGACCAAGUCGCUAAUGUGCAAUGCGGAUAACUCAACAUGCAAGUGACGAAACCCACCAAAAGCAGAACCAUACUGACUUAAUGUUCUGGUGAAACAGCAUCUUCAACGUCUGACUCGAACCCUCCUACCUAAGUCGGCCUGCCGCCAGGCGGCCUGUUUGAGCGCCAUUCCGCCUCAGAUGGCGUCGAACCGCAGAGGUGAGAAGACAGGGAGGGUCCGGUUUCCAGUCCAGACCGACCGGCGCCACUGUGCGGUGUACUUUACCGCGCACCCGAGGACCAUCAUUCCCCAAAGAUGAUGCCCCGCUUCUUUCAGGCCUUCCCCAUGCUGGCCCCCCUUUGCCCCAAAAGGUGCCACCAAGAAGCGUGGACCCCGCGCUGGAUUCUCGGUGUUUGAUUCGACGCUGCUACGACCUUACGGCUCGCCCUCCAUGCAGGUCCGUCCCAGUUUGGCAGUCAUAGCGCCGAGAAGCAUGAACCUUGGGGAGAGGACCUUCAUGAACGACAGACGUCGCCGGAUAAUAACUGGCAAACGAGAAUCGUUGCUAUCGGUGGCCGUCCUUCCCGAGCUGGUUGAGUGCGCGGUACGUUGUGGGCCGGUGAAGGAGCAGCUGACUACAGUAUCCGCCCCCAUCCGUCUGCUGGAAUGAAUGCAUAUACCCAGGUUCGUAGGGGAAGGGUAAAUUGUUACUAUCAUUGGCAUUGUCGUCAUCCGCGGAUUGUUGCCGUUGGCCUGGACUGCGAUUCAGCAGUGCACUGCCCGUCCUCUUGUUUUCGAAGUCCCAGUGAUUCUGGGGAAUACAAAAAAACAAAAGGAAGAAAAAAGAAAGGGUUGGGAAAUGACGAGCCCUUCGCUUUCAUUCCUGGUGAUGAUUCU